GCCUAUGUUAAAUGAAUACACGGAAAGCCUGAUAAUAAGCCUGAUAAAAAAAAAGAGAUUCAAUCACUUUAUCUGGCAAUUAAUUAUAAAAAGAGGGCAGUAGUUAGACAGGACGGCUUCAAAUGCAGCAUCAAAACCAUAAAACCAGCCUGUGCUCACUGUAAUAGUGGCCAACAGAUUUUGGCAUCAACAAAUCAAAUAUUGGGAUGCAAAUUGGUUCUUCAAGUUUGAGAUGGAAAGGCUAUAGAAAUUAGGCUGAGCCUGGUGAGAUCUGGAAGGAGCGUUUGAUAAUGACCCACUGGAGAAAAUCACUGGUAACAGAGCUAAACACAGCUGCUUUACAUCUCUCCGCCUCUCUGUCUGCAGGGUAAUGAUACCAGCUGUAAAGUGACCGCUCAAUCCUCCCAUCUUUGACCGUGUGGAGCUAACUGUUCGCUGUAAAUUCAAGCACAGUUCAGGAAAGCACCAUGUUCCUUUAUCUAUUAUUCAGAGACUCGCAGGGAACAAGCGAGUGAAGAUGCUUUUAGUGUUCUCAACUGCUCAACGUUUCGCUGACUUACUUUGAAAAUGAUCGGAAACAGAUAACAGGCAAAAUCUUUAAAACUGGGGGAGUUUGGAGGUAGAAAGAAAGACUAGUAUGCACUUUGAUGACUGCAAAUCUCCCAUGUAUACGUGUUUAAUACUUCUUGGAGAUAAAUGCAAUGCAUCGUUCAUUUAUCAAAUAAUGAUGAGCCAGUAGGGUAUGUGAUACAUUACAUACAACAGAGGUACAUCUUACUAGGGGUACACUGAUUAUCAGCCUUGGACGAUUAUUGGGGCUGAUAUAGGCCUGGGCAAUUUGGCAUAAAAAAUGAUCACGAUAUAUUUUGUCAUAUUGUCCGAUCUCGACUAUUAUCACGAUUUUUAAAAAAACUGAUGAUGUAAACGUAGAUUGGCUUGUAAAUUGCACAUCGGCUUAAUUGCUUGACGUCACUUUGGAGAUACCCGAACCACCACCGCACAACUGACGCUGAAUGACUUCUCAACAAUAACAUCUCCGGAGGAUGACUCAAAGUCACAGCUGAUAUCUAUUUUACUGCCCUCAGCUCAGCGUUUAGCCCCAUGUUCGGUCAUUCUGUUUACUUCUGCUGUUUACUUCUCCGGCAAUGUACAGCAGUGAGCAGGAAAAGCUCGACUCUGAUUGGCUGUUGUGAUGCACAUUUCAGUUAUGUUUGAUUGAGCAAAUAUGCGCACAGCUGAUCACCGUGAUCGAACUGAAACUUAUCACGAUCAUUGAUUGCAAUCAUGUAAUUGCCCAGUCCUAGGCUGAUAUUCAAAAUUCAGCCAGUCAGGCAAAAAUUUUGCAAUAUUCUUACAUUUUAUUCUUAAUAUUACUCUUAAUAUUCUUAAUAACCUUACAUUAUGACUGAGACAUUUUCAGUUGUACUGUCAAUGCACAGUGCUUCCAAAUAAUAGUUAUCGUGUCAUUAACUGCUAAUAAUCAAAAUCAACCCUGAAAAACCAACAACCAUUGACCCCUAAUUAUGAUAUGAAAAACAGCUGAAUUAAAAUGUAUGAACUGAAGUUAAGAUAGAUGAUGCUGGAGCAAUAAGAAAAAUUGCUUGAUAAUAAAUGAAUAAAAGUUAUUAUUCAACCAAUACCAAUGGGCUCUGUGCACCUAUCUACUACUUCCAGACAAACUGAUUAAUCCAGGUGUGACUAAUCAUUGUAACUACUCAGACUCACCUGGAUUAAUCAGUUUGUCCCAUGAUGUAAGACAGGGAAUAAAGGAGCAGCCCUAAGUUCAGGAAGUAGUGGAUCAGUGCAUAGAGCCCAUGUCUUACUAUUUCUAAAGCAAAUACCAUUCUUACAACUGCGAGAAAAAAUACAUAAUCAAUAAUAAUGACUUUUUAAUGACCCUGUUUUUUCAUUAGAAGAGUCAGGUAAAGUAAAGGUAUAAGUAAUUUGUCAAAUUCGAGAACAAGUCUAAAGUUCCCCAUCAUCCUAGCAUUGAAAUCAGUGAGUCGUCCCUCAUCGUUUCUCUAAAGGCAUCUGCUUCUGUUUUUGGUUCUCUGCUCAACUGUUACGGUUUUAUUAUGAUUAGCCUGCACGAUAGAAAGACUUUAGGACUGAACAAUGUGAUUGUGAAAAUUCAAUUGUUGAUCCAUGAUAUAAUUAGUUUUAAAAAAUCUCUUGGACUGCUUGAAUAACAGGCACUUUUCUUGAGUUUUGCGAGAAUGUCAUGGUCCAACUAUGACUGCAGCACUCAUAGGAUACACAGGCAACAGAGGGUCAUGCAAGGCCCAGCAAAUCACUGCUGCUUUCUGCUAGUAUGUUUUAACUUGUGAUUAAAAAGAGACACAAAGAAAAUAUAUCUGAGCUCUGUUAAUGUCAGUGGUCACGUCUGAGAACCAAAGCAGCUUGUGGGCUUGUGCAGCCACAACUCAAGACAACCACAUGCUGUAUUAUUAACAGUGAAGCAGAUUGACAUAUCAACUGAGCUAUAUCCUCAUCAACUUGUGUACUUGUGUACCUGCAAAAUAUUCCACAGUGGUUCAAAGUUAAGAGCCAAAAUACAGAAUUACAAGGAUUAUCACACUGAAUGUACAUGUUUUAGUUCAGCCAGUUUUAGAAACACAAUAAAGAAUCGAACUAAGUGAACCAGUUUGACAAAGAAGUGUGAGAUAGGAUCUGUUUCUUUGCAAUUCUGCUGUAAAGGUAAGAUGUUUGAGCACACAGUGGACCAUAAUAUACCCUCAGAGGAUUUUGUCUCUACUGUUAGAAACUUAGAAAAAUCAUCAUGGUGUCUUCACAUAAUGAUGGCAAAUAGAAAGUUAUGUGAAAACAAGCACAAGUCAACAUUCUGGGAGAAAAUAGAGUAACUAUGGUGAAUAAAAUAUGUGGCAAAAACAUUAGGAUUAAAGAUUUUGCAAAUUCAUAAUGUGUCAGUAAGAGCAACAAACCAUGACAUAAAUCCUAAGCAAGGGCACUGUGUAUAGUAGCCAAGUCAUCAAAGGUGAAUACUUCAUGACCUUAGAGUGGAAGCAGUAACACCACACACAACAAUGGAACAUGAAGGGGGCCUGUCCAACCUGUUGCAGCCACAGACUGAGCUAGCUUAAUACCAUCUCCAUGGCAGUGUUUUUUUUAUAGUACAAACUUCCCUCUCCUGCCUUCUCUCCCUCUACAGAGAAGGCAGGGGCCCAACUGGGGACUUCUUCUUUUUUCACUUGAUGAUAUUGUCAUUUAAAAUAGUAUAUGUAUAUCAUUCAGUCCAAAUAUUACACCUUUUUUAAAUAGCUCUUUAUUACAGGAUGUUACAAUGACACUGCAUACAUAGUCAGUGGGAAAGUGACAAAAAUCUUUACAGCUAUACAGUGGGUCAUAUCAUUAAGAAUGAUGCUUUGUCAAAUUAAAAGUAUUAUUUGUGAGUGAUUAGCUACAGUGAGUCAAGCAAUCAUUUGAUAAGUCAUUUCAGCAUAUCAAUGAAUUAUUGGCCCAGCAAAUUAGGCCAAUAAUUCAUACAAACAAAAUUCAGACACUGUUGUGUGGCUACCCACUAGACCAGCUAAUCCACCCAAUACAACCAACCUACUCCAUUUUCUAGUCACAUGGGCUGGAUGGCAGAGUCACACAGUGGCUUGUCUUAUAGCAACUGAUAUUCAGAUUUGUUGUAACCAAACAAACUGCCCACUGUGUCCUACUUUCGUGCUAAAACCUGGCUGGAUGAUUAUGGUGCUGACACCUCCCAAUAGUCAAAGGGGCUUAAGAGAGGGUGAUUCAAGCUCUGCUAAGCCUGAGGAACAAACAGAGCCUUGGUAGCAUCAAUUUCACUACCAAAAAAGACACCCAUUAAUAAAACUGUAUUAGCAUGUCAAGAAAAUUGUACAGUCCAUGUUCACAAAGCUAUGAUUAUGGCCUAUGUGCCUUAGCACUCAACCAUACAAAGUACUAUAACACUGCACACAAAAGUGAAUGCUUAAUAACACAUGGUCUGUGUGAACCAUAUAAUAGAAAACCUCUUAUUACAUUUGAACAUAGCUAACAAGUUUUUGAACUGCUGAUAACACAGUGAGCAAUAACUAAUUUAGCACAAAAUCAUUUUUUGUGUUGUCCUCAGGCCUGACUAUGAAAGGGAAAAAAAAAACAGAUUAAGCCAGAGAGAGUCCUGGCAGAAUUGAGGGAGCUGGUUGCAACAGAUGGGGUGGUGGCUAAUGGCCUGAAUCUGGCUUGAAUCUGAACCAGACCCGCCACCUACCCCCCAGAGAUCGGGCAAUCCCUACUCUGGAUGCAAUACAGACCAGCAGGGAAAUGGACUGACAGAACUGCUCCACUCUCCACUAGUUGCUUAGGAUUUCUCUCACAUCUUUCUCCCGGUCUAUUGAGAAUACUCUUAGCGAUUGCCCCAGGGAAACAACUGUUAAAAACACACCCUUGCUUAGAGAUUAAAACAGUUUGCCUUCAAUACAGAGCUUUGUUGAAAAGACUAUUUGUUGUGCAAGGCUUUUGCCCAAAACAGUAUCACUGGGUGAGGCCUAAUACUGGAAGACUAACAGGAAUUACACAAACUUUUCACUCAUCUUUGGCCUCUGGUCAGAAAGCCAUGCUAAAGUACUACACAAUAUAGGAAGAAUGAAGCUGAAAUUCCCACAGAGAAAGUCGUAUAACCAGCUCCAUCUCAGUUUCUACCCUUUGUUGACAGUCUAAAUAAAUAAAUUAGUUAUGAUAACUGUGGAGCAGUUCUGCUGUAAACCCAGACGUGCCCUUGGUUAUUUUUAAAACAUAAAUUGAAUCAACGUAACUUUUACUGAAUGCUAUUCCUUUCCCUGUCCCAAUGAACCUAAGAAUAAAAAAGAGCUGCCUUCAUAUUAUCAGCAAAACCAACAUGGAAACGGGGAAGUCUGUCAAUGUCGCCAUUAUUUAAAAUUCGUCCUGUAUCGAUAGAUUUUGAUUUUUGACGUUAAUGCCGUUUCCAUAACAACCGACGUCAACCAGACAGUCCAGACAAUAUCUCGGUAAACUACUAUCCAUGAAUUACAACCAAUAGGCCAGGCAUUUUCAGCUAAACGAAUUGUUGUUGAGUUUAUCUAAUAAGCCGGUAACAUUAGCGAGCGCUAGCCGGCUAGCUGGUCACAAGCUGAUGUUGCUCUCUGCCGAAAUGAUGUUAGCUUAGCUAGCAAGUUAGCCCGCUUAGCUAAGUUUUAAUUAGUAUACCUCUUCAGAAUUAAUGAUUUGGAUAACGUGCUUUCAGUACAACAGAGACCGUGUUGAAGGUUAAUUAAAAUCCAAUUGUGAGCAUUCUGUGUUGCCAAGCAGUGACUACCCAGCCAACGGCAGCUGUACAGUGGAUUUGUAUGGCAGCUAGCUAACAAAGGUAGGAGCCCAUGCAAAGGCUCAUGUUGAGGCACUCCGCCCUGACAGCUCAUAUAAAGGUUUCCGUGCAGCUAACGUGAAGGUUCCGCUCUGCGGACAGGGAACAACGGUUUCUGUAUCCAACAGCACCGCAACAACAAAGAUACCCAAAGAACUUCAACAGUCCGACGGGAAGAGAAUAGACAGGGUGAAACUUACCAUCACUGCGCUUGAUUUCCACAUAAGUACCGACGACAAUCUUCCCAAAGCCCGAAGCCAUUCUGCAUUACUUAAAUAUGUAACAAAAGCAGGGUAAAAGACUUGAAAUGAAUCGUUAAUUACAGCCUCUUGUGUUUGGCAGUCUUUAACCGGGAAGGAAGAUGCAGGCAACAGAAUGAGCUAGCGUUACGUAGCCACCAACGAUGGCCGAGUGUUUCCGGUGUUCUGCGGAAUUGGGCUACUUUAUCAAAAAGGUUCACACGGAGGCCUGCGAGGUGAGCGACCAUGUUUCAACUGUAAAACUUUUAUCCAAAAGAAGCGUAUUUCAGCGUCCCCUGUUCGGUAGUUCUCUCUGCAUUGUGUCACGUCUGUUUUGGAACUGUAUUACACAUUUUACACUUUAUUUUCAUGAAAAAGACUCGAUAGACUAAUAUCUCAAUAGCUUCGAUGUUCCGAGGAGUGGCAAGCGCUCCUGAGUCUGGGCAUGCGCAGAGUCGCUUUGUGGCGCAUUUUGAUAGGAAGCAGUUUUUAACAGAACACCGGUCCUACACUUUCAAAUUAAACCAGCCAAAAAUUUAACCCGCCUAGUCCUCUGUUGCCCGUCAGCAAGUAUUUUCCGAUUAAAUAAUGUUAGGUCUCCAUGCCCAACCAUAAACUCUGUAAAUGAAGUUGCUAAGAGGAUCAGACAAUAAUGGAUGCCCUGCCAAGUUCGGUUCUGUAGCAGUAUUCUAAUUGUUGCAUCGCCUGGUACCUGUGACUUCGACACAAAAAUAUUGGUCAGACUCAAUGCCAUUGUCUUUCACUCAUGCUGGUAUUAUUUGAACAUGACAAUAGACAUCAUUUGAAAUUUGUGACGUUUUUUGAGUGGUGGAGAUAAUUCUGCUUGAUUCCAGUAGAGAAUGUGACCCAAUUUCCACCGUUCAAGGAGUCUAAGAUUUUGCCAAGCUGGAUAAUGCCACCUAGUGGUGUGAAUUGCAAAUUCAUGCGCCAAAAAUCAGUCAAGUCAAAAACUCUGAGUUAUUUAAGCAAAGGUCUUGUUACAGCUACGUAAAUCAAGUGAUUUCUCUAUCAGUCUGAAAUCUGCUCUGAACAAUAAACACAUGUGUAAUAACAGGUUGCACAUUACUUUUACCCAGAAGCUUGAAAUCCUAAAACCAUUUAUGAAAUUUAAUAAGUCAAGCACAAAUUGGUACAAUCAACUUUGGAUAAACUGCAAAUGACCAUUGCUGUAACAUAACCAAGGUGUUUGGUACAGUAAAGUAAAGAAAUUAACACGAUCUUUUACCAGUUUAAUGACUGCACUGAUGAAUUAGAAUGUAGACCAAGAGAGUACAAAAAGGCUUAAACGUGGAGGUUAUACUCAUGAAGAGUAACAUUUAAAUUGUUCUAAAAAAUACAAUAAUCAGAGCAAAGGAUAAUAAUAAUCUUGACUGUGUAGUGGGAUUUGUUCAUCUUACUAAAGUCACAUCUGUUAAGCUUCUGUCACAUAGUUUCUUAUAGCUAGUCUCAAUAACUUUUGAUGUACUAUUGCUAACUAGAGUAUGAAUAGAGGUUCUGUAAAAAUUUAGCAGUUUUGUGCAUGGUGUCACUUUUUACUCAUUUAGCCUCAUAGUGAGUAUGCUGAUAAAUUAACCGCUCAUGUAUAAUAACACCAGUCUUUAUUAGCCAGAGUGGUGGGUCUUUAUAAUGUUAACCACUUUGAGGUUGAAUUGUAUUGAUUGUACUAUAUGUGUAGGAGAUAUUCCUUUGUUUCUUUUUAUUCACCAAGGGCCUUUAAUCCACCCUACCAUGCACUGGUCAACACACUUAUGGAUCCGUUUUGCGCUCUCCUACCCAGGACUAGAACUCUUGCCAUCACAACAGAAUGCCUGACCCCAAUGUUUCCAGAUCCUUCUCUUUCCAGAAGCUACUAGGUUCCUCUGUGAUCUUACAGCUGUCAGCCCCCCACCCGUCCACAGACACCCACUUUUUUUCAGAGCCCUCCUCCGCCACUGGGGCAUCAGGCAUUUGCUGGUGAGUUCUCAGCUGUCCAUGCCCUAAAUAGACCUUAUCAGGAUCAGACCACCUUAGAGGGGGUGCUCUUUCUCGCAGACUUCAUUGAAUGGAAAAUAGAUUUUUAUUUCAAAAACGUUUGAUUUCUCAGAAACUUUGGAAGUUUAUUGGUUGCAGUGCAAGGUCUAUUACUUUACAGUGACUAUCUUGGAAAAGUUUUUCUUUCCAGUUUUACUGUGUCCCUAUGAGCCCCUCUGUGUGAAGAAUGGUGUGUCUAUGUCCUGCCCCACCUCAUUGAGUACGUUAUAAAUAUAAAUUGAGUUUGUGGGGGAAGGUUUCAUAAGACAGAGAGUUUGUAACAAGCACGAGGGACUUGAGGAACCAAGCUGUCCACGUUGAGCAAGAACUACAAUACACAGUCUUGAAGGUAGUGUAAAGCUUCUACAAAGGUCUGUGGUUAAACUGCUGUUUGAACGGAUCUUAAAACAUACAGUGGCUAUGUAGGGUAAGGAUAUGGAGAAGUGUGAAUUUUACUUAUCAGAGAAGUAGUGGGAGAUGGUUUACUGUCCAUUAGGACAGCAGCAUUUGUUGCAAGGCCUCUACAGGGGUCUUAGUCCAUGCCCAAAUAAGGCUUGAGGGGGGCCAUUUAAAGUUAGAGAUAGCAUGUGCAUGACCAUUUGCUCCAGGAGACACAAGUCUACAGGACACUGGUUAACUACAAAGGUAGGAAUAAAAACAUUUCUAAAGUAGUUUUGAAUUAUAGCCUAUGAGGAUAGACUAGUCAUUAUUCUGUAAGAUGAAAGUAAAAUAAUGGGAUAUGCUGGUUGGCAGUUUAAGUUUUCAGCACCUAAUGUGCUCUUUUUAAUUCUCGUUUCUUUCAAAAGGACAGAAAGAGUCCAAGUGUUGAGCGGAUUUGUUUCUAAUAUAUUAUUUGGGAUAUUGUUUGUGUCAAAUUCUGGUUUUACUGCUCAUCGCUUCACUUGCUUCUUUCAAACCUUUCGGUCUUUAAUCAUGCCUCUGUACCAAUCUAUUAUUCAUAAGUCAUGUUUUAACACCAAAAAAACUAACAAACAUUUCACUGUGAAUGUAUGUGACAGUAAAUAUAGAUUUAAUUUAAGUAACUGAUGACACUGAAAUCAUUAAUCAUUGGUUACUAGUGUCAAACAGGAACUAUGUAACUUGAAGGACUGAACACUUAAUGAUCUUGAUUGAUCGGAUUUUGUUUUCCAUAAUAAUCCCUUUUCACUAUCAGAUGGGAGACCCGGUCCAGUUAAAAGAUGAGGGGAACAAACACUUCCAAGCAGGAGAGAUUGACAAAGCCAUUGACUGCUACACUAAAGCUAUUCAGGUGUGCAAGGACAAAAAAGUGCUUGCUGUCAUACACCGGAACAGAUCUGCAUGCUAUCUGAAAAAGGUAAGCAUAACCAGAUUAAAUGUAUUUGUUAUCUAUUUGGUAAAUGUGGCAGUAUGUUUUGAUGUUUCUAUUUUUCUCUUAGGAAAGCUAUGCAAAUGCAGCAGCUGAUGCAUCUAAAGGUAAUGUAAUGCAUAUAUAAUCAAAGCUAAUGAUAAGAGCUAAGACACCAGUGUUACUGAAAACAUACAUCUACAAGCUCAUUAUGGUUCUUUCUUCCUUUAAAAUAGCCAUCGAUGUCGAUGCAGCUGAUAUUAAAGCCUUAUACCGGCGUUGCCAAGCUCUGGAGAAGCUAGGUAAACUCGACAUGGCUUUUAAAGAUGUACAAAGAUGUGCCACCAUUGAACCGAAGAACAAGACUUUUCUGGAGACUCUACGCAGACUUGGAGCAGAAAUUCAAGCUAAGGUCAGCAUCACAGGGUAGAAAACAAUUGCACACAGAAGCACAGGGUGGUAUAAAACCAAACAAUGUUGCUUAAUACGUUGCUUGAAAUUCUACGUGUGUGACCACAAAGAAACAAAGCUGUGCUUACUGACGGGAAAUGCUAGUAACAGGAAAUAAAAGUUUUCUUAUUUCUUUCAUAGCUCAAGACAACAUUUUCCACUGAUUCAAGGGUACAGAACAUGUUUGACAUCCUCCUGGAUGAAGAAAUGGACAAGGACAAGAAAGAAAAAGUGAGUACAACAAACAAAACAAGACAGAAAUGCUGCAGCAUGAAGUUCCAAUAGAAAGUACAUCUCAGUUUCACUUCUGCUGCAACAUCUCUUAUGUUGUCUAGGCUGCAAACAACCUGAUUGUGCUGUCUAGAGAGGAGGCUGGAGCAGAGAGAAUCUUCCAGAAUAAUGGGGUGACUCUGCUGCUCACUAUGAUAGAGACAGGCAAACCAGAGAUGAUCCUGGCUGCUGUUCGUACAUUGUCAGGAAUGUGCACAGGACACAAAGCUCGGGUGAGUUUACACUAAGAAAAAAAGGUCAAAACAAGGUAAAAAAGUGUGGAAAUGACUCAAAUAAGAAUGUCAAAAAAACCCCAGUUUCAGUGGCAAAACUGACAGUCUCUGUGUUUGUCUAUUCUUCUUUCACUUCUCCUAAACAGGCCAUGGCUAUUGUCAACAUGGUGGGUAUUGAUAAGAUGUGCAGCAUAAUGGCUAUUGACAAUGAAGAGAUUGCACUGGCAGCCUGCAACCUAUUCCAGUGUAUCAAUGACUCCCUCACUGGUGGGGAUAAGAGAGAAUAUGGGAAAGAGGAGGCCAUGGUUUUGGGUGAGAAACCGUUCUAAUCUAACCCUAGAACAAAAAUGUACCACUAAGACAAGUCCUCCUAUUAUUUUUCCCUCUGUAGAUGCCUCCAAAGACCUGAAAACCAUUCUUCUCUCCCUGCUGGAGAUGGUCGCCAGUAAGAAGGUGUCCGGCCAUGGCAGAGACCAGGCGCUUAACCUCCUGAGCAAAAAUGUACCUCGCAAAGACAAGAAAGAGCCAGACCACUCCAGGACACUUUUCACUAUUGACCACGGUGAGUCAGAACUCAUUGUAAAUUUUCCUCUGUUUAAUCACUCAAACACUGCCUCCUUUAUUCUGUUACCUCAUUCUAUUUUGCCUAAUUACUCUUGGUAUUUUGUGAUCUUUUUUUUCACCUCUAUUUUGGUUGUUUUAGUUUUCUAUCAGAUUGUGUCUUUCAGUGGAUACUUGUUUUUUUAUCUUGCGUAUGUAUAGUGGGGUCUUGCCUUAUAUUAUUUGAUUUGAUUAUAUCUAUCUAUGCAUUUUUUGAUCAGUAUAUGUUUACAUGUGACCAUUUUCUAGGUCUAAAGAAGAUCCUCAAGGUGUGUGGUCAGAUUUCCGAGCUGCCAGACCAGCUGCCCUUAACAGAAAACACACAGCUGAUUGCCAGUGUUCUUCUAAAUAAGCUCUACGAUGACCUCAAAUGUGACCCAGAGAGAGACAACUUCAGGGACAUUUGUAAUGACUAUAUCAAGUAUGUAUAAAACAUAUUUGUGCAUGGGUUAAAAGUGCUGUGAUCAAGACCUCCAAAUGGAGCUCAGGCCAAAAUGAAUUGCAUUUCACUUUUUGUUUCAUUGUUCCUCUUCUCUUAAGAUCCAAAAUUGACCCCAAUGACAUGGACAAAACCAUUCAUGCCAUCAAUACCAUCUCAGGACUACUUCAAGGUCCCUUUGAAGUAGGCAAUGCUCUGAUUGGUCACCAAGGCAUCAUGGAAAUGAUGGUCGCACUGUGUAGCUCUGAACGUGAGGUGGACCAGAUGGUUGCUGUGGAGGCUCUGAUCCAUUCCUCUACAAAGAUGAGCCGUGCCAGCUUCAUUAUCACCAAUGGAGUAUCGCUGCUUAAAGACAUCUACAAGAAGACCAAGAAUGAGAAGAUUAAGAUCCGUUCACUAGUGGUAAGACAUUAUUUUUUAUUCACAGCCUGAAAAUAAUAAGUACCACAUCACGACAACAUUAAAAAGAGAAGUAAAAUAAAAGAUCACACAGGAGAUAACCAUAUCAGAUUUGACAUUUGCCUGUCUGAGUAAGUAUGUGACUCAUAUUUAUGUCCAUUUCAGGGUCUUUGUAAACUGGGUUCGGCUGGUGGUGAUGAUUAUAGUUUAAGGCAGUUUGCCGAAGGCUCCACAGAGAAGCUCGCCAAGCAGUGCAGAAAGUGAGUAAAAAGAUGAUAAUCUGGCACUUGACUUCCCAUAAGCAGGGAAAACUGAAGGAUGAUUCAGUUGUGCUCUGAAAUCUGCUAACAUUUACAGUGCUGGUAUUAACCAAGUCUCUGUACAGACUGCUCAGCCUUGUUGUUAACAUUGUUGUUUGAUGGGUUGCUAUUAACUGGCAGUUUUUACAAAGGGCAGGAGGUUAAACAUUUUAGGUUGUAUUUACACAAGAUAAACAAAUUAUAACAUCAACCUACUAUUAAUUGUUUUGUCAUUCAACUGUAGAUGGUAAAAUAGCAUAAACUACAAGAAUUGCUUUCCGUUAUACCAAAAUAAUAACUGCUGCUAAUAUUUAUGUCUAUUUUUUUUACUUCUCUAGGUGGCUCUGUAAUCCCCAGAUUGAUACCAAAACAAGGAACUGGGCUAUAGAGGGUCUUGCCUAUUUAACUAAUGAUGCUGAUGUGAAGGAUGACUUUGUUGAGGAUGAGCCCGCCAUGAAAGCUAUGUUUGAACUGGCCAAGGUAUAAAAAACAGAAAUAACAGACAACAGGAUUAGUGUUUAUAUGUAGUGUAUCUUAGCAGACUUAAAGAAUAACCUUUCCUGUUUUUCAUCUUUUCAGUCAAAGGAUAAGACAAUCUUAUAUGCAGUAGCUUGCACCCUGGUGAACUGCACCAACAGCUACGAAAAGAAGGACAUCAUCCCUGAGCUGGUUCAACUCGCCAAGUUCUCAAAGCAGCAUGUGCCUGAACAACACCCCAAGGUAGAGAUAAAACAAAACAAAUAUAACUGAUUACAUUGAUGUAGGUGAAGCAAAGUUUAUGUAACUACUGCAUAUGUACAAAUGCUUUAUACUUGCUUCUUUCAGGAUAAGAAAGAUUUUAUUGACAGGAGAGUGAAAAGGCUCCUGAAGGCUGGGGUCAUAUCUGCACUUGCUGUCAUGGUCAAAGCAGACAGCUCCAUCCUGACUGACCAGACCAAGGAAAUGUUGUCAAGGUGGGAGGAGGAAGAUUUUACUUCAAAGUGAAGAUGAGGCAGCCCGUUGUAUCACAAAUCAUGUCACAUAGCUGAAAACACUCCCUAAUUAAAUUCUUACUCAUCAUGAUGUGAUGUUAUGAAACAGUUCAGUUUUAGUUUAGUUUAUAAUUUUGUCCAGGCUUGAACAUAUUUUUAAAUGCUCCAGUCUAGAUAAGAGGCAAUGUAAGCUAAAAGACAAAUGAAUGCAAACAGUAUCAUGAUUACUGCCUUAAAAUUGCCUCAUUUAUUUGAAAUAUAGGACUGUCUAACUUAUUUGUUUUACCUAAGGGUUUUCUUGGCCUUAUCAGAUGAUCCCAAGGACCGUGGAAUAAUUGUUGCCCAAGGUGGGGGAAAGGUAAGCAAUCAUUUUGGAAUUGGGACAAACAUUAACCUGAUAAACUGGUUGAUGCAGAAUAUUUCAGCUGUCAUCCUGUGUACUGAAACACUUCUGGUGCUGCCUUCAGGCUUUGAUCCCACUUGCUCUGGAAGGCACAGAAGCUGGCAAGGUGAAGGCGUGUCACACUAUUGCCAAGAUUGCAUCAAUUUCAAAUCCUGAAAUUGCUUUCCCGGGUGAGAGGGUAAGAUGACAGUUUUUUGUAUUCAUACAGCAUAUAAUGUCUAUUUUUGGUAUUGCCUUCCUGUCUCUUAUGCUUUAAUUCUUGGUUCACAGGUGUAUGAGGUGGUGCGGCCAUUAGUUAACCUCCUUCACACAGACAGAGAAGGAAUGCAGAACUAUGAGGCCCUGAGAGGCCUCACUAACUUGGCUGGUUUUAGUGAAAAACUAAGGUAAAGUUUAUCACCAUCAAUAAUGUCAUGAUGAUGGUUAAUUAGUAACUUCUGAUUUAUUUUUAAUAAUUUCUGCUAAUUAUGAGUAUUUCUGACCUCAUACUUUGUUUGUUCUGCAGAGUUAAGAUUGUGAAAGAAAACGCUAUUCCAGAUAUCGAGAAUUACAUGUUUGAGGAGCAUGACCAGAUAAGACAAGCUGCCACUGAAUGUGUAUGCAACCUUGUGACAUGUAAAGAGGUAGGAACAAACAACCAAGCAGCAACCUCACAUCCCGCCACACUGUGUACUCCUCAACGGGUAUGUCUCUAUUAGAAAAUGUCACAAUUGUGUUUUAUAGGUUCAAGACCGCUACCUGGAAGAUGGCAACGAUAGGUUGAAACUGCUGGUACUGCUCUGUGGUGAGGAUGAGGAGAAACUCCAGAUAGCUGCAGCUGGAGCUCUGGCUAUGCUCACUGCUGCUCAGAAGAAGCUCAGCACCAAAUUAACCCAAGUGGUAUGUACACCAGAAAAUGAAUUCACAAAUCACAGUGUUUUAGAAACAUGUGUUUCCCCCUAUGUAAAUGGCAUAGGUCAGCCUUCUGACCAUGUUUACUCUGAGCAUCAAAAUUGGAUCUGGGUCAGAUCACAAGCGAUGAAAUGAUGAUAAUUUGGUUGAAACAACUCGACUUUAGUUUAUCAACCAUAAUUUUAUCAAUGGAGCUGUGUAUGUAUAGCUUUAGAUUUGAUGUGACAAAAUUAGAAAGAUCACACUUGGGGCAUCAAUUUAACCUAGUGGUUAAAUCCCACAUACAAAGGCCACAGUCUUCAAAGCAGGAAGGCCUGGUCCCAGUCUCACCCGUGGCCCUUCACUACAUGCCAUUCCCAACUCCCUCUCCCCACUCUCUGCUCUACCACUUGUCCAACUCCUAAUCCUAAAAAUAAACUUAAAAAAAACCCCCCAAAGGGGACUGCUUUCUCUAUCUUGCCAUCAUACUACUUAACAAAACAGACUUUUGUAACACAACACAGCGCUUAGGUGUGGUCUCCAAAAUAACUUUUAACAGAGUUGGCAUGUCAUGAAAUAAUGCUCAGAACACAGACACAAAUGCAGGAUACCAAGGCAGUAAGUCAGAAGGCAAAAGUGUAUUCCAAUAAAACAAACAAAGGUUGGUAUACAGAGAGGCAGUCAGAUCAGGCAGCAGUACCCAAAAAUGUGAGGCAAGGAAUGUUCAAAAACAAGACAGGCCUGUGACUAUGGCUGUGAGUAAUGCUGGAAUGAAGACUAGUUGGUACAACAAACUCACGAUAAAACAGUGGGAGACAUAAGGUUAAAUACAAAAAGUAGUGAGGGUGUUGGGCAACAGGUGGGGAGAGACAAUGAGGACAUAGGUGUGACAAGAUGGGGGCAGGGCAGACAGGAACACAUCUGAAACAGAGACAAAGGUUAGUGACUUCAAAAUAAAAUGGGAAGGACAUAACAUUAAACAUGAAUGUGUAAGUAAUAAAGAGAACUUAAAAGACAUGACAUGGCACAUUAGUCACCUUUAAGCUCAUUUUAUUGUUUCACUAAUGAUAUCGGGGUGAUGUCAUUUGCUGAUAUUAUCUUGAACAUAAAACUUCUCAGGAGCUGCUGAGAACAAAAGGCAGAGAAACACCCAAUGACUGAUUAAGCCUUAUUCAUGUAAAGUAAUAGUGCGUCCAUCAGGGGACUUUGUAACUUAUGACUGCUGAUACUAUUUUCUCCAAACAGACGACCCAGUGGAUGGAGAUCCUGCAGAGGUUGUGUCUGCAUGAUAACCCUUGGAUUCAGCACCGUGGCCUGGUGGUUGUCUACAACAUGCUCAACUCAGACGACAGGGAGCUGGCCAAGAAGCUGAUCGAAAGUGAGCUGCUGGAAAUCCUCUCUGUGAUAGGCAAGGCUGAGGACAAUCCCAAGAGGCAGGGCUCCAUCGAUACAGCGCGUGAGUGCCUUGUCAAAGCCAUGGAUCUGGGUCUCAUCAAACCUUUCAGCAGCCCUUCUUAAAAUACUGCGGUGACAAAAAAAAGAAAUGGACUUUUUUCUUUGUUUCCUUUGUUACAAUGCACACUUUUUUUCCUGAAGUUUUUGUUACUCCUGGGGUAUUAAAAGAAUGAUCAACUCAGUCUCAAUCCUCAGAAGAAAACCCAGUCCAAACUGUCCCAUGAUACAGAAUAAUGCAGUGAAUGAUUUAAGUUUGUGCUGAAUCCAUCUGUGAAUCAGAUGUGAGCUGAAAGAUCAGUUCUCAUGCGCUGGUUUAAAGUUCCACUCCGAUGUUUUUUUUUAAUUUUUAUUUUUUUACUAUUUUAAGUGUUGUCAGUGGUCUUUAAAGUCCCACUUGGAUCGUAAAUUUUUUAACUACUUUUUUACGACUUACUACUAAGUGUUUUAUAGUGGUCUUUAAAUUGUGAUUACCAGGUUUUUAGUCAAAAUCA